GUACCAGGAGUAUUUAAAACAGCCUGGCACUGCCAGAGCCCGUGUCCGGCUGCGACAGGGAGGCAGGACGCUCGCAGAAGGUCCUGGAGUCGGCCACCGAGACACUAGCAAAACCAGGAGCGGUCAGUCUAAAAGAAAAAGCAAGCAGUACAAAAUAGUCUGCAGAAGUAACUCGGAGUGGAAUGCAAGAAAAAUGACUUUACUAGCGUUCAUCUUCCUGCUCACCUUCCUCCCAGCUGAAUCUGCAAGAAGCAGAUACCUCCCCAAGGCAGCAAUCUCAAGCCCUGUGUUCGGACCACGGCAGGUAUAUGGUCUGCUCAACGGGUCAGUUACCGUGAAAUGCUUCUACCCUCCCACCGGUGUGAACAGACAUGACAGAAAGUAUUGGUGCAGGCAAUCGGCCACGGGCUGCAUGACCGUUGUCUCCACCAGCGGCUACACUGCUCCAGGCUACCAAGGCAGAGCCUCCAUCACCGACUACCCAAAGGCAGAAAGCUUCGAGAUUAACAUCUCCGAGCUUACAAUGGCAGACGCAGGCACCUACCAGUGCGGUGUUGGUAUUAAUGGCAGAGGGCUCUCCCACAAAGUCAGUCUGGAUAUUUCUGAAGGUCCACACGUACCUGAGGGAGCUGAGCUCUUCUACGUGAAGCUGCACAGCACUUGGACCGCAACCUGCAACUUUGGGGAGCCGUAUGCGAGCGCGAGGAAAUUCUUGUGCAGGAUGGAGAAAACCGGCUGCCAUAACAUCAUCGAUAGUUAUGGGAAUGUUGAUAAGUAUCACACAGGGCGAAUUCUGCUGAGCAAUGAGGAGUCUCCAGGCUCGUUCAGCGUCGUGAUAACUGAGAUGGGCUGGGAAGACUCUGGCUUGUACCUGUGCGGGGUCGGCUCCUAUGGGGAGGACGGAGAAACGAAGGAACUGGACGUGCAUGUCUAUGAGGAGACAAAUGUUCCUCAAGGAAAGCCCACAAUAACGGGAGUAAAAGGAAGUUCAGCAACUUUCGAAUGCCGCUAUGAGCUUCUAAAAAAGUCCUCACUGAAGUACUGGUGCAAGUGGAGACAGAAUGGGUGCAGUCGGAUCAUAGACAGCUCCGGGUAUGUGUCGAGCUUGUAUGAAGGAAGGGUGGCCAUGUACGACAGCCCAGGUAAUGAGACGAUCAGCAUCAUCCUGAACCAGCUGAAGGACACUGACGAAGGCUAUUACUGGUGCAUGACAGACGAGGAGAAGGAGCAGCAAUCAUCAACUGAGUUGAAGAUCAUAGAUGGAGAACCUGGACUGAAGGGAAAGAAGCAAGUGGAGGUGGAAGUGGGUUCACAGGUCGAUUUAACUUGCUCUUAUCCAUGCAAGUACUACUCCUACCAGAAGUACUGGUGCAAGUGGAGCAGCACCAGCUGCACUCCCAUGCUUGCUUCUGACCAAAGGCAGCCGGGGCCAGGCGUAAGCUGUGACACUGACAACAAGACAGUUAUCCUAAGCUUUGACUCGGUGGCGAAGACAGACCAAGGGUGGUACUGGUGUGGAGUGAAGCACAACGGCCUCUUCGGGGAAACCAUGGCAGUGUACCUGCAGGUGACUGGAGGAAGCAGUGCCAACCAUAACCUAGAGCUCCUGAACAUUGACAGCCCCAGCCCCGAGCCUGGCUUUAUUCCCCGAGGAAGCAAUGCUGGGGUGCGAAGCGCAGCUGCCUCAGAAAGCUCUAAGCAAAGCCAUGGCAUCAAUGCACUUUCUGUAUCCCUGAGCCUUGUUGGUGCUGUGCUCCUGAUCCUUGUGAUAGCUUUCGUCAUUUUUAAAUACCGGCAGCUGAAGAGAUCUGACCUGGUGUCCAUCGGGAGCUACAGGACAAACAUCAGCAUGUCGGACUUCGAAAGCGUGAAGGAGUACAGCGCGAGCAAUAACGCCUGCGUGAAAGAGAGCCAGGAGACUCAGAUAGGAGGGGACGAGUUCAUCACCACCGCGGCCACCCCGGAAAGUGCUGCCGAGACAAAGAAGGCAAAAAGGAGCUCCAAGGAGGAUGCUGACCUCGCCUACUCCACCUUCCUCCUCACCUCCAGCAGCAUCGCGCAGGGCGGCUCCAGGGGGGACAGUGCUGCCCCGGACGUGUCCCCCCCGAACGAGGACGGCCAGAUCUGAUGGCGAGAGACCGAGAGGCGGCAGUGACUGGGACCGGCUCUACCUUCAGGAUCAGAGCAAGACAUCAGCAAGCAGCACUGUUUAUUGCUACCACAAUUUGCUAUAGCUUAACCUUUUUUUGCUUAAAUUCAGCUUCGAGCAGUGAUUUAGGAGGAAUCGUUUGAUGCCAAAUGGGGCGGCUGGGCUGGAGGCGCAGGUCUGAGCGAGCAGGUCGGACUGGGAAACAGCAGGAGCUCGAGUGGCUUAGCCCACUGACAGCCUCAGCCCCACCAGUGCCCUUCCAACACAGUAGGCUCUCAAAGGCCAGAAGGCACAUUUAAAAAAAUCUCAUUUUCUUUUAAAGGCAGCUGGAAAACCCUCUAGAACAGCAUCUCGCACUUUUGAUUCCUCUAAGCUUUCUCAUCCAGAGGGCAGUACCUGCAGACCAGACAUGGUCUGAAGUGUUUUUAUGCGCAAGUAAUAAAGAAUACCACUGGCUUUCAGCAGAC